AUGUUGCGUGUCCUGUCACUGUACCCAGUCAUCCCUGCAGUGCUGGUGGCGCUUUGUGGCAUCAGUUUGAUCGUCCUAGGCUUGGUGUAUCCCAGUGGCCGAGUCGAACAUCGGCCGACCCUGGCAGAAAUACAGCAGAAACAUGAGAUGGCAUUGGCCGAAGUGAUGCACAGCGGUGUCUCAGGCAAUGUGUCCUCCAAGGACUUCAGUGAUGGCCUAGGGCUGGCUUUGAAUAGCCCAGUGGCACAGGGGCAGGUGAUCCUGACCAUCCCCGAACACUUGGCGAUCAGCGUGGACCGACCCCACAGCUGUGUACCACCUCAGGAGAUGACGGGCGGUUGGCGGGCCAGAACUUGGGCCAUGAGCGGUCGAGGCUUCUGGCCGGAGUCUCCCAACUUGGCUUGUGAGGUGGAGCGCCGGGUGGUGGCGGACGUGGCGCGGAAGAAGGCCACGCGUCUCACCGGAGUGCUGUCCUUGAUGGUUGUGGAGUGGCUGGCAGCUAAAGGCUUGGUGGCAUCCACUGCGGCGGCGCCUGAGGUGUUGCAACUGCUGCCAGAUCUGCAGUGGCAGCAGGAGAACGGCCUAUUCGCCUUGGAUCCCGAAGAGCUCCGCGUGUUGGGCAGUGGCACCUCCAUGCACCACUGGCGCGACGUUGCGGUGAAUGAGACCUCGGUCGCCUUGGAGUACAUCACUUCUGAACUUGGCCCUUUGUUGGGUGCCGGCCGCGUGACCCUGGAUCACGUUCGUUGGGCCUACCUUGUCGUUCAUGGCUUUGGUCAGGGUGAAGGCCCAGGCCCGCCGCCCGAAGACCUCGAGCUGCCAAGCCAGGUCUGGUUCCUCUGGCCCCUUUUCCUGGCUCGGCCCACUGCAGAGCCGGAGCAUGCAGCGUUGCUGCGGCACAACAAGGCCGAACAGGUCUAUGAAGUGCUCGCGCCACGAGCACCUCGUAUCCUGCGAUGGGGGGAGCCGAGUCCGAUGUCGGUACUGGUGAUUGGCGCCGCCGGUGCGGUUGGGAAACGCCUCAUUGGCGCCUUAGCCUCCAGAGGUGAACGCAUCGUCGCGGUGGACAAGGCCCCGCAGCUCCCAGAGAGCAUCAAGCACUUGGUUCAGCACGCAGAGACAAACAAGGAUGUGCGCGAUUUCUACACGAUGCAACGGAUUUUUCAGCGUCACCGCUUCGUGCACACGGUUUGGAACCUGGCCGCGCCGCUGUCGGUGGAGACGGCGAAGAACCCCAAAAUCGCGGAGCAGGUGACCAUCAACGGCAUGCGCAAUGUGCUUUGGGCCAUGUAUGAGGCGCGAGUCAAAAAGAUCCUCUUCACCGACUCCAUCGGCUCCUUCGGCGCUACCGCACCUCGCGAAGAGUGUACCGCACGGUGGCUGACGGAACACCCACUGCAGGACCCUGGUUCUGACUAUGGUCGUCAGAAGCGUGGCGUGCGACGGCUGCUGAAGGAGUUUUGGUGCUCUGGAGGCGAUCCGCGCUGGGCCGUGUUGCCCGGCGUGCUGCACAGUGAGUCCACCUGGGGGCACGGCACAACGGAGUACGCUUUGGAGGCGUUACUGGCGGCCGCCAACUGUCUGUCUGGGAAAGGCUCAGAACCUUUUCGGUGUCCCAUCGAGACAGAUGUGCGGUUGCCAAUGAUCUACGUGGAUGAUCUCACUCGAGGUCUCUUGGCGCUUCAAGACGCCCCCGAGUCGGCCCUGAAGGAACCGGAGCACGGCUACGCCAUCCCAGGGGUCUCCUUCACAGCCGAGGAACUCUUUAAAGAGAUCCGAUUCCAUGUGCCCGACUUCCAGCAUCAGCUUGAAAUCGAUCAGAACAUGAAUACCUUCGCCAAACUUUGGCCCAACACCUUGUCACCUGCGGAACCUCUGAGAGACUUGGGCUAUGCUCCCAGCGUGGGCUUCCGGGAGCUCAUCUUCAAAGACAUGGCAGCCUCCGAAGAGCUGCUCUUCCUGGAUUUGCGGCUCACGGAUGCCUCGGCACUCUGUUUCCGCGGUGUAUGGGUCACCGCCAAACACCGCGCCCAGCUGAAACUGCCUUUGAGCUCGCGACUGAAAGGCCCCAGCGUGCCGUUGAUGCAGAAGUACGGGUGCCUGUCGCAGACGCAGAAUCUCAACCUCAUCGUCCCAGUCUCACGAGAUGUCGCUCCAGCCUUCCUGAGCUGCAUGCGCAUGGCCGCAGCGGAUCCAGAGAUGCUGCAGCGCCUGGAGACGCGAGGUUGGUUCGACAACUGGCCUCUCACUUUACCCAUCGACCAGCGCAAUGAGCAGAGUGCCGCACAGCUGGCGGUGGAGCUAUUGCAGAAGGUCUUGGAGAGAUUGACCCAGUCCAACAAUGAGUUGCGACAACGCUUUGGCAGCGCUUCCGUGGUGCAGCGGCCCUGCGUCCGCGUGCGAGAGGCAGAGACCAUGGUGGUAGUGAGCCUUUUGAAAUCCAUGCAGGAACUGGCCUUGCUCAGCAGCAACGAAUACUUAUUCGAAGCACUUCGAGAUGCGCAGCGGGAAUCCCUGCAAGAAGCCUAG